AUGCAUAUUAUACGUACAUUAAAUAUUUCUAUAAACAAGAAAAUAAUAAUUGCUAAAUCUGAAGAUGAAGUAUUAAAGGAGUAUCUGCCAAUGUUUCCAUUAAAUAGCAUCCAGAGAAUAAAUAAAAACAUAAACGAGUUGAUACCAAAGAUUAGUACAAAUAUUGAAAAUGAUAUUAUGCAGGCCAUACGUAUUGACUCUUUUAAGGAUGUAACAGAAUUAAUAAGUUCUUCCAUUGUUCAAUAUCCCAAAAGUGUUAUUAACAAAAAUAAACCUUUAUAUGAAGCAUGUCGGCUUGGACAUAAAGACAUUGUUAAAAUAUUAUUGGAAAAUGGUGCGGACGUCAAUUAUCUCUCAGGUUAUAUAAUAGAAACACCUCUUCAUAUUGCCGUAUUCAAUGGUCAUGAUUAUAUUGCUAGUGUUUUAUUAGACUUUGGUGCAGACUAUGGCGUUAAAUGCCAAUGUGGUUAUACUGCUCUACAUUAUGCAUCACGGAAAGGGUAUGUUAGACUUAUAGAAAAAUUAAUUAAAGUGGGUGCAAACGUUAACGAAAAAAUUACAAAAAUAGCUGAAUUUGAUGAACGUUUGAAACCACAAACACCUUUACAACUAUCAGCUGACUCUGGUCACAAGAAUUGCUGUGAAAUUCUGCUGAAACAUGGAGCUUCCGUUAAUGAAAGAAAUUCGAAUGGACAAACCGCAUUACAUAUUGCAGCCAUACGAGGAAAUGCUGAUGUUGUUAUUGUAUUGCUAAAGAAUGGUGCAUCUUUAAAACUUCAAAGUGACGACGGCCAUACACCAAUACAAGCAGCGGAAAAAAAUGGAAAAAAUGAAAUAAUACCACUUUUAAAGAGACGAAUAUAAUAAAUAAUAUCAGUAUGGAUGAAUUGAAUGUUUAAUGUUUUGUCUCAAAAAUGAUUUAUAUUAUAAUAAUAUAGAAAUAUUUCAAUUCCAAUAAACUUUAAUUGUGCUUAUACGAAAACGUGUUUCAAUUAGUCACUUUUUUACAUUGCAAUGUUCUAAAAUAUCUGCUGCCAUUAUAAAUAAUUAAAUAAAUAAAGCAAAAAAAAACAA